GUCUUCGCACGAAGAUUUGCCGUCACCGGAUGGGGGCUACCCUUCGGACUUCACCUGGUGCAACAAGGACGGCGUGAACUACUGCACCAUCUCGCUGAAUCAGCACAUCCCACAGUACUGUGGUUCCUGCUGGGCUCACGGCGCCACAUCUGCCCUAGCGGAUCGCAUCAAGAUUGCCCGAAAGGCAAAGGGCGCGGAUGUCCAGCUUUCCGUGCAGCACAUGCUGAACUGUGGGAAUGUCGGCUCUUGCCACGGUGGCACCGUGGACGGCCCCUACCAGUGGAUCUACAAGCUGGGCAAGCGCACUGGCAGCGGCAUCUCCUACUUUACCUCCCAGCCAUACUUGGCAUGCUCCAGUGAAAGCCGCGAUGGCAUCUGCAAGAACGCGGACACGAGCUGCAAAGCCGAGAACAUCGCACGUACCUGCAGCACCUUCGGGAAGCCCUGCGUUGGACUGAGCAGCUAUCCGAACGCCACCGUUUCGGACUAUGGAUCGAUCAUGGGCAAGAAUGCCAUGAUGAAAGAGAUCUACAACAGAGGGCCCAUCUCCUGCGGCAUUGACGCCAAUCCGCUGCUGAAGUACACCACGGGGAUCGUCCGGGGCUGGUCGCUCAUGCAAGACCACGUCAUCUCAGUGGUCGGAUGGGGCACUGAUCCAGAGGAAGGUCUCUACUGGAUUGUCCGCAACAGCUGGGGUGAGUACUGGGGUGAGGACGGAUACGUGCGCGUCAAGAGUGGUGCUUUGGCGCUGGAGCGCAGCUGCACGUGGGCAGUGCCCGGCGAGUUCACCGCCCCGGAACAGCACAAUGAGAUCCACUGCUACGAGGGAGGCGAGAACUGCAAGGUCUCGGCGAAAGACGAAUCCACUGCGUCUGCUCCAGCGACACGAAAGUCAGAGCUCUGGAAGCGCGACGAAGUUGAGCGAAGAGGAUUCCAGUGGCGUGGGAACUCCUCAACUCCUUCAUCGCACGAGCUUCUGUCCACACCGUCCAACGGCUUCCCGGAAACCUUUUCCUGGUGCGACAAGGAUGGCAAGAGCUAUUGCACCGUUUCCGUGAACCAGCACAUCCCGCAGUACUGCGGCUCAUGCUGGGCUCAGGGCAGCAUGUCGGCGCUGGCGGACCGCAUCAAGAUCGCUCGAAAAGCCCAAGGCAUCGACAUCCAGCUCUCCGUACAGCACUUGAUGAACUGCGGAACCGCCGGCACCUGCCAAGGUGGGGAGCCCAACGCGGCCUACCAGUGGAUCAAAGAGAUCAGCGACAAAACCGGCAGUGGCAUCAGCUACACCACCGGUCAGCCCUAUCUUGCUUGCUCCAAGGAUUUGGAUGCGGGCUUUUGCAAGGGUGUGGACUUCAGUUGCACGGCCGAGAACGUGCAGCGCACCUGUGCGACCUUUGGGAAGAAGUGCGUCGGCAUGGCAAAGUACCCCAACGCCACCGUCGCGGAGUACGGCUCCAUUCAGGGCAAGGACGCCAUGAUGAAGGAGAUCUUCAACCGUGGGCCCAUUGCUUGCAACGUCGACGCCGUGCCCAUCCUGAACUACACGGGUGGCAUCGUCACCACGAAGUCGAAGGACACUGACCACUCCAUUUCCGUUGUCGGCUGGGGCACAGAUGACAAGCUGGGCUUCUACUGGCAGGUGCGGAAUUCGUGGGGUGAGUACUGGGGCGAGCAGGGCUACUUCCGCGUUCAGAGCGGGGCUCUGGCCUUAGAGCAGGACAGCUGCACCUGGGCGACGCCGAAGGACUUCACGGCACCAGAACGGGCCAAUUUGCUCCACUGCUACGAGGAUGGUUCCAACUGCGCGGCCGCCGUUUCGGCCACUGAGCUCGUUGUGUGA